AGUCAGGUUGCAAACGUACUUAGUGUAGAACCAGAUAUCAAAUCCAAGUGAGAUAAAGCCAGAAGUUUGCAAAGAAAGAAAAGAACGCCACAAGCCCCAGCACUAUGACAAGCCAGUACAAGCGAGAGCUCACGAGGUUCAUGUCGUUUAAAGACGGCGUCACGUACAGCAACGAUCGCGUCUUCACGACAGCAGAGCUUCUUCAAGUAACACCUGGCCAUUUGUGCCACUGGAUGCACCAACAAGCGUACGGUGACCCCGAACCAGCUGAAGACAUGAAGCCAGUCUACCGGCGCUCAAGUACUCCUGAAUUCACCAAGAAAGCACUUUCUUCAUUUAUGCCGCGGGUCAAUACGUCCUGGGACCCUGUGACCGAGCGUGGGAACCCCACUCGCUCUGACGCUGUAAAUAAGUUGAUAAAGAAGGUAAAAAAAAUUUGAAGUUCGCCGAGAGGGGGCAAAUUCUCAAGCUCGCCGAGCUGUAGAAUAUAAUGAGUUCCUUAACUUGCUACAACUCAUUCGGGCUCAAUGGAAAUCAGAUGUAUCGGCGUACAUGGUGAGCAGUGUGCAGACACUCCAGUGGCAUAUCUGCGCUAGAAUUGACGAUAUGAUGAAACUACUUUUCACCAAACACGCAGUACAGCUCAACUUUACUACUGCAGAUGCGAUGGUCAAAAAUAUUAACGAGGAACGUGAUGCGCCGGAGCAGAUUGUCAUGGGCAGUAUGGACCCAAAAAUGUGUGCAUUGCUCAGCCUUGCUGUGUACAUUGAGUCAACGGCAAAUGUUUCGAGAUCGGAGUUUCUGUAUACCAACCCGAAGGAUGGUGAUCGUGUUGUGCGUCGCUUCUUGGCAAAUAAGGUGCAAAAGGACGGAUUUAAGAAGCUGAAGGCGGGAAAUAUUGGGACGCAUAGUCUUCGCAAAGGCGCCGCUACGAACGCGACCCGGAGCGGCAUUUCAAAGGACUUUGUAAGCCGGCGAGGGCGCUGGCGCACUAAAAGAGGCGUUGUUGAUAUCUACACAGACAACACACAGCCGUACCCAGAUGCCAAGACCGCUGCAGUACUCACUGGACCCGCAGGCCCAUGUUUUUAUACACUUCGACAAGGUAUCGGCGGUGUAACACCCGAGUUCCUUGUUGAUCAGAUCGAACCGACAGUGAAGCAAGUAAUGGGCGAGUCUAUUGCGGCUACGCAGGCAUUGCCAUUGUUAUGGGCGGCUUUGGAGCAACCAGAAGCGCAUGAAUACGCUUUAAUUUCAAGUAAUCUUCAGCAAAACAUUUUGCGUGCUUUCGCAAAUGUGGGUGGAA